UCAUGGUAUUAUAAUUAUUAGUGGUAGUAUAUGUUUUUCUUUACCUUCCGUUGCAGGCGACUGGGUGAAUCUGGUACCUGCUGCAAAUUCUCAGAAAAUGCCACACCGCUUCCUCUCUUCAAUCGAGGAGCUCUUAUUGAUCUUCCAUGGAGCUCCAACAUGACCAAAUACUGCAUCAAAGAUCAGAUCACUAGGAAAACGCCUUCACACCCACAACCCCGCCCCUCUGCCUCCCCCCCCAAUGCUUUAUUUUAAAGCUUAAAAUGCUUCUGUCACUCCAACAUGAAACUCUGAAUUCAUUUCUCUCUCUCCUUUGCUAAAGAUCUCAUCUUUUUCAGUUCAAAUAACAGGGGGUCUGUCUGUUGGAUUUUGCAAGGCUGCCACCAUGCUCAAGCAAAUUCUGAGCAAACUCCCUCGGAAGUUGUCAAAACCUGACCAAGUAGAUUCUGCAGGGAGUGAUUCUGGCAACAUUACUGCUAAUUCGGGCAAUGGAUUUCAAUGUACAAAUGUUGGCAGUGCUCUUUCAAGCAAAUUAAAUGUUGUGAAAAGGGUGUCUUCAGCAGUUUUUCCCACAAGCAUUGCAGCUGGAGUUGAGGCAGUGGAGGCCCAUCUAUCCUUCAAAGAUGUUUCAAAUUCACAGAAGCAGAACCUGUUUGUCAGUAAGUUGAACCUCUGCUGUGAGGUUCACGAAUUUAGUGAUCCAGAUAAGCAAGAUCUUAAACGUCAAGCAUUGAUAGAGCUUGUUGAUUUUGUUUCUUCUGGGUCCGCAAAGUUCAGUGAACCAGCAAUUGCUGCAGUGUGUAAAAUGUGUGCAGUUAACCUGUUCAGGAUUUUCCCCCCUAAAUAUCGUUCUAAUUGUGCUGGGGGUGAGGCAGAAGAUGAAGAACCAAUGUUUGAUCCUGCUUGGUCACAUUUGCAAAUUGUGUAUGACCUACUUCUUCGGUUUAUCAGUUAUGGGUCUCUUGACGCAAAAGUGGCAAAAAAGUAUGUAGAUCAUUCUUUUAUUGUGAGAUUACUUGACCUCUUUGAUUCUGAGGACCCGAGAGAAAGAGACUGUUUAAAAACAAUUCUGCAUAGGAUCUAUGGGAAAUUCAUGGUACACAGGCCUUUUAUUCGAAAGGCUGUUAGCAAUAUCAUCUAUCGAUUUGUUUUAGAAACUGAGCGACAUAAUGGAAUUGCGGAGCUGUUGGAGAUUUUUGGGAGUGUAAUUAGUGGGUUUGCAUUGCCUUUGAAGGAGGAACACAAGAUGUUCUUAUGGAGGGCUCUGAUUCCUUUACACAAACCAAAAUCAAUAGGCAUUUAUCAUCAACCAUUGACGUAUUGUGUUGUACAGUUUAUAGAUAAGGAUCCAAAGUUGGCCAGCGUUGUGAUUAAGGGACUGUUGAAGUACUGGCCUGUUACAAAUAGCCAGAAGGAAUUGAUGUUCAUAAGUGAGUUGGAAGAGGUUUUGGAAAUGACUGGUAUGGUUGAGUUCCAAAAGAUCAUGAUCCCACUGUUCCGGCGUAUAGGAUGCCUCCUCAAUAGCUCCCAUUACCAGGUGGCUGAACGUGCCCACUUGCUAUGGAACAAUGAGCACAUCCUCAAUCUUAUCUCACAUAACAGGCAGGUGAUCCUGCCUCUCGUGUUCUCAGCUCUUGAGCGAAACGCUCAGAAUCACUGGAAUCAGGCUGUGCUCAACCUGACCCUAAAUCUGAGGAGGAUGUUUUAUGAGAUGGAUGAGGAGCUGGCAAUUGCCUGCCAACGUAAGUUGGAGGAGGAAGAUUCAAGGUUAAGCGUGGCGGCUGAGAAGCGGAGAUUGACAUGGGAACGCCUGGAAAACGCUGCUGCUCUCCAACCUUUUGCUGGUAAUAUUUUAGUCCAGGAAAAACCUGCCACAUGCUCUGUAGCUUGCUAAUUGCUUGGCUAAUAGGGUUAAACAUUAUCGUAGAAUCAUAACCGGGUUUCUAUCUGCACGAAGAUGCUGUGAUGAGAUUGUGUUGAGUGGUUAUGCUGCUGCUGCCUUGAAGGUUCAUUCUGCGCACAAGAGGUCGGGAUUGACGGGAUUCCUUGGGAUUGUGUAUUGACCUUCUCCUGUAUCCUUGCCCAAGAGCUGUCUGUAUUUCCCUGUAUUUUUAUUUGUUCUAUUGUAUCCCCUAAGAAUUUGCUGAUCGUGCUUUCAUGCUUUUGGAGAUUAUAGCAAGACUGAAGCCAUUUGCUUUGAUAUGGCAAAGAUGUAUAUACUAAUCCCAUCUCUUUCUCUCUA